UACCCAGGAUGCCCGGGCACAUCUCGACUCAUUCCUCCCCCACACCACUGCUCACAUGCAUGUGAGCUGUCAUCUGAGACACUCAGGCCUCACGCCCGCCCGCUCAGCCGCCCGCCCGACACCAGCCAGCGGCGGCCAUCAGUGGGGCGCCGGUGUGCCCUAUGGCGGGGCGGGCGUUUGGGGCGAAGCGCCACGACAGAUUUGCGGAGGACACAGUACAGGGUCGCUGGAGGUGCAGGGUGGUGGCCGCCUGGCGGUGGCGGCAGGAGCAGCAGCAGAGCGCUCCUGCAGCUACUGCAGCAGUGAUGUCCCAAGGGGAAGCAGCAGGGGAUGCAGCGUAAGAGGUGGAAAGCCGACAAGCAGCGGGGGGAGCGGCUGAAUGCGGGCAAAAAAAGCAGGCACAGGCCCUGGCAGAGGCGGUGGCAGCGGCGAGCGAGCCGCAGCCCCAGCCUGUGCUGCCAGGGCCAGAGGGGCAGACCCGCGUGCUGCAGCUCCAGGAGGGUGUGGAGCAGCCUGCACGUCACAUCAGGGUGCAGAAAUCAGAGGCAGCGCAGCAGCGGCAGCGACAGCGACAGCUGGUGUUUGCUGGCGCCUUGCCCCUGGCGCCCCCUUCCCCCAGCCGAGGAGCAGGCGUCUGACUCGCACGCGGCAUGAUUGCCUCACGUGCUGCUGCGCCAGGCCAGCGGUUCCAGCACGGAGAGCGACCAGCAGCCCUCCCAGGACCCUCAGCCGCGCCCAGCCAAUGCCCGGAAGUCUGCAGGCGGCACCGCCGCCUGUGUCGCUGCUGCAAGGCGUUGGUGGUCUUCUUAUGCUUCUUGUGCUGGUUCCAUGUGGUGCUGCGGGUGAUGGAGACCAUACAGGCCGAGUUCUGGCAGCUGUUUGUGCGCCACCUGUUCAUGGCCAUCUCCUGUGCUGUCACCGCCUAUCGCUCCACACACAUGUGGCAGCUGGUGGCAGUAUAUGUGCUGGCUAGCGUUGCCAGCGUGACGGCAGACGCCACCAUCCCCAAUCGUGUCCGCGAGGCCGCAUGCAGCAGCUGUACGUCAUCCACUCCUUCUUCGAGUUUUAUCUGCCCAAGGCGCUGUAGGCGCUGCUGGUGUACCUGCAGGCUAACGACCGUACCGCCACCCCCAAGGAGCGCGAGGCUGCCUUUGACAAAUGGUAUCAGGAUGUCGUGCCGGCGAUGCUGGCCAUCGCUGUGCACCUGGACCGAGGGCACCAUGCCCAGGCUCACCAUCGACAUGACCCUGGAGCAUCAUCUGCAGCAGGUCAACCACUCCGCCCACGCCCUGGCGCGCCGGCAUCCCUUUGUGGGCCACCAUCGCGGCCAGGAACUGCUCCACAAGCUGCAGUCCGAGAUGACCAGCUGCUCCAACAUUAAGCUGGGGGCUGACCGCUACAAGGAGGCGUUUCUGCUGACCGCCAAGAACAUGGAGAACCGGCAUGAGGUUGAGGAGCUGAUGGGCGUCCGCAGCACCACCAACAGGAAGCGGGCAGGGGCUGUCGGCGGGGCAGAGCAGAGCGAGAAGCUGCGGGCGCUCAUCUUGUGUGGAUCAGCGCGGCGGCAGCCUCUAGUGCUGCAGGGCGCUGGCAUAACCAACUCUCGCAUGACCAGCGCAGCCAGCGACGGCAGCGCCCGCUUCUCCACCCACCACAUGCGGCCCACAUUGGAGGGGAUGGAGGACAGUGUGCUGGCAGUGGCAGCGGCAGUGCGGCUGGAUUUGCUAAAGCUGCACCGCCAGAUGGAGGAGCGCGUGGCGAAGGAGCAGCAGCAGGCCGAGGCGCCUGCGGCGGCGGCCGCGGGGCAGGAGCAGGCCCAAACUGGUGCGGACGCAGUGGCUUCUCCAGCAGCUGAGGUGCAGGAUGAGGCUCCUGAGCAGGCAGGAGGGGCGGCGCCGGCGGAGGAGGAGGAGGCGGGCGCCAUGCAGGGCGCAAGCAAAAGAACUCCAGCAAAUUGGUCGGGGGAAGGAAGGCGAGAAUUUGUCAGCCACACGGCAGAAAACCAGGGAGGGGUGCUGCGAUCCGUGCUCGCCAGUAAGUAUGCAAAAGACAACAGAGGCAUACGACUGGAGCAGGGAUGA